UACUGUCCCCCGGUUUUUUUCAAUGCUCGAGAAAACGUUUCUUCGGAACGAUGCAACACUCCGCGAUAUUGUGCGCCUCGCCAAAGCCACGGCCGUGUGUCAGGAAUGGAAGGAGAAGUUCGGUCUCAAGUCGUUUCACAUCAAGCGAGUCGCGAUCAAGUAUUCGGACGAGUUGGAAGGCCUAACUUUGUGGAAUGGCUAUAAGCAGCUCCUCCGCAAACUGUUGGAAGAACUCGCCAGCACACAGACCUUUGAUGGCUUUUUCGUCAGUAACCAAGUCACCUACAAGAAGAAACCGGAGAAAGUUAAUAUGUUGAAGGAAGAAAUCAAACAAGUUAUCACGUGGAGUUCAGCCAAGUUGACGUUGGUAUGCGAGGCAAUUGCGUGGGAAUAGAACCACAUAAAUGAAAGUAACAGAGAGGGGUGAAAGUCGGUCCUCUCCAGGUUACACCGUAUUCAUAGGACAAAUGUAUAAAAUAUAUGAAUUCGAAUUACUAUCUUCUCACUACAAGAGAUGUAUUUAACCGACUUCGAACAUAUCUUCGCCAGAAAUA